GAACUUGUUGACUGCCUAAAAGCUUUAGAAGACCAAACGAAGAGCGCCAGCAUACAAUAGACUUCGUGGAGCGCGCACGCGAGCUUGUUUACUUCCGGAAAGUUGGACAAGGCGCAACAGACGCAGAAAUGGCGCGCCUGCGCCUCGGAUGGCUGGCAGUGGUGUGUAUGGCAUUAUUCGCGUGCAGCGCGAGUGCUUCUCGCCUUGCGUCGCUCACGAAGACAAUUGGAGCCAACCCGGUGGCCCCCGAGUGGCCCCCGGCAUUUGAGAUGGAGUACACGGUCAGCCUGCCCUAUCUGCAAGCACUGCAGCCAGGUGGCCUCAGCUACCCUGUCCACGUGUGGUGGGACGGCCCCUGGCAGCGCUACCGGCUGGAUGUGUACGGCGGACUGGACAGCAGCGGAUACGACAGCAAGAAGGGUAUUUCCUGGAACCUGUAUCCGCGGAUCAACGUGACCGCCUGCGACUUCACCAACGGCACCAGCGGACCCACACUGCUGGGCGGGCUGCUGGGAGAUGGAGGCGCCGCCGCGCCCCUGCCCGACAUCCGCGGCUGGACGUACGCGGGCACGGCCCAGGUGGGCAAUGCCCAGGCGCUGGUGUGGCAGCUGUCGGAGCGGCACGGCGACAAGACCGCCGCCUACGCCUUCUACACCGCGCCCAACGGCUGGCCGCUGAGGUUCCACAUGCUGGGGGUCAACGUGCUCACGGGCUCCCACUUUGACGAGUACAUUGUGGAGUUCACCCGCUUCAAGCCGCGGCCGCCCCCGGCAGCCGCAUUCGAGCUGCCGCCGGCAUGCAAGGAGGCGGCGGAGGCGGCGGAGGGGCGGCGGGCGGGCGCUCUGGGCUCUGGGCUGGCCGCACAGCUGGCAAUGCUGCUGCCGGCAGUGCGCAUGGGCGGCGCCGCCCCCACCCCCUCCGAGGCGCUGGCGGCGCUGCAGGCGGCCGCCACCUCGGCCUGGCAGCGCAAUGCGGCGCUGGUGGAGGCGCACAACACACUGGCGGGGCAGCUGGAGGGCGCCGCCCCCUCCCCUGCCUCCCCCCGCUACCGGCUGUCGCUCAACCACUUUGCGCACAUGAGCCACGACCAGUGGGCAGCCACCUCGCUGGGGCUGGGCAGCCGCAGUAGCCGCAGUGGCAGCAGCACCGGCAGUAGCGGCCUGACGGCGGCCAAGCAGCUGUGGCGGCAGCGGCGGGCGGUCGGUGGUGGUCGGGCUCUGGGUCGUGUGUACCGCCGGCGGCUGUCCGACGGCGAGCUGCCGGCGGAGGUGGACUGGCGCGGCAGUGGCGCGGACGGGCCGGGGGUGAAGGACCAGGUGUCCUGCGGCAGCUGCUGGGCGUUCGGCGUGGUGGGCGCGCUGCAGGGCGCCUGGUGGAAGGCCACUGGCCAGUCUCUGUCCCUGUCCGAGCAGCAGCUGGUGGACUGCGCCUGGGACUACGGCAACGACGGCUGCAUGGGCGGCUACAUAGAGCCCACCCUGGCCUACGUCAUUGACGGCGGCGGCAUUGCGCAGGAGGCCGACUACCCCUACCUGGCCCAGAACAGCUGGUGCAGGGGGCCCACGCCCACACCCGACGCCAACUGGACCACAGCAGCAGCAACAGCCGCGACAGCCGCCACCAAGUCUGCGGCCAGCUUUUCGGCCAAGAUCGGCGGCAAGAGCAAGGGUGGCAAUAAAGCGGCGGCGCCUCUGGUUGCGCGCUUCUCUGACUUUGUCAACGUGCCGCCACGCGAUGAGUCCGCCCUGAUGGAGGCUGUAUACCUGCACGGCCCCGUGGCGGUGCUCAUGAACGCAGCGCGAGUGCCCUUCAAGUUCUACUCCGAGGGCGUCUACCACAACGAGGAGUGCGGCGAGGACCCUGACUCCAUGGACCACGUGGUGUUGCUGGUGGGGUACGGCACCACGGCCCAGGGAGUGGACUACUGGCUGAUCAAGAACUCGUGGAGCAAGUACUGGGGCAUGGACGGCUACGCUCGCAUCACCCGCAAGGGCAACGACUGCGGCAUCACCACCGACCCCGUGUUCGCACUAGUGGAGGCCGCGGCGGCGGAGGAGGCGCAGGCGCAGGCGGCAGUGGCCCACUGAGAGCACUGCAGCGGCGCACACUAGUGGUGGCGAGAUGCAGCGGCAGCGCGUAAACAUCUGGAUGUGUGUGUGUGUGUGUGUAUGUGUGUGUGCGUGUGUGGGCAGCCAGAUGGCCGCACCGCUGGGGGCCAGGCGUGCUGUGUGAUGGGCCGGGGGUGCGGCUCAUGUGGGGGAGACCGGUCGAUGUGAGUGUACGAGGGGAUAAUCUGCGCAUGUAUGCACGCAGAAACCAUCUGAACACGACCACGGGCGAACUCCAAUCCACCAUGGAGUAGCACAGCCGUGUGGGGCUAAGGGAUCGGGUCGCGGUCUUGCGGGGGUGCGACAUUGGGAAGGCGUGUUCGUAGACACAGAUGGACGGUACUGGCUGGCUGUGCAGCAGUGCAGGGCGGUGUUUGGGGCUUUGUCAGGCGCCCCAGUAGUGCCCCCAUACGGUCCUGGCCAGUCCUGGCUGAGCUGUCCUCGUACACACGUGCAAUCCUGCUAUUCGUCUUGCCCGUAUGCGGUGAGUCUUAUUGCGCUCGCGUCCCACAAGGCAUACGGUAAACACGUCCCCGAACAGUAGCGGCGCGCACGAGUCAACUUACGACUUCGAGCCCGGCUAACGCGGUGACGCCUUAGUGCCGUGCCGUAACUGGCCACGCGACCGUCACCCAUGUUGGAGAUAUGGUUCGGCUGCUUGCGCUAGCAGUGCUUUACACGCGCUGCAGCUACUCUGCCUGGCACCUUCAGUAGUUUGGGGUAUGAGUUUGGCGUGUGUAGUUAGCUAGAGGCAAGUGCGCAAACAAGGAGGUGGCUGCCUUAUGGCAGGAAAAGGGCUGAUCCCGGGUCGUUAUCAACCCAGCCACCUUGACGCGGGCGCCUACUAAGCACACGCCUCUAUGUUGGGGGCCUUUGGCAUCCCCGCAAAUCCGGACAUGGCCGGUUGGGUGGGGUGCACAGUCCGUGCUAACCCGCAGCUAACAAACUAGUCACGUCACUCGCCGCCAAUCGACACGUGCACCCGGAUAUGCAGCAGCACGGGGGGUGGGGACCCAGCGGGCUGGCACUGUGCAGGGCAUGCUGAGGCGGCAACAGCGCGCGGAAGCGGCGUACGUGGCGCUAAGCCAGACUCGGAGCUGCGGGUGAUCGACCCAGGGGAGGAACCCCCUGCGCGCACAAAAAAUAGAUAAACCUUCAUCCUGGGACAGCUCCGACUAACCCCCAACUAACUCGUGUACGGCACCCCCACCCCCCUCAGCCGUACAGGAGGUAGCGUGGCAGUCGGCAGCUGCGCGAGUGUGAGCAGGUAGUUGUACGGCGGCCCGGCUCGGAAGCGACCUGACUGUAGUGACGCACACAGGCAGUUUGCGCUAGUCGGCAGGCGCGCGAGUGGGAGCUGGCAGUUGAGCGCGCACGCGUUUGGGAAGCUACGUCUGAGUACGGUGGAGCACGGCGGAAGCUGGCGGUUGGCGCGUCGCGUGGGUGGGAGUGCAAUAGUGCAUAGUUGUGCGCGCGCCAUCUGGGAAGCUGCGUGUAUGAGCUGCGUGUAAGCUCAGAGAGAC